CCUCAUCCUUCUUCCCAUCUCCUCUCCAUGAUCAUGGUGCCAGGAUGUUGGAUGAUCUCCACUUGAAAAUCAUCCAAUCCAAUCCCAUUGGGUCACGCCUUGAUUAUGUUCGCUCCUCUUUCAAGUCCCCCUGCCUUAGCAAAGGCAUCUCCUGCCCGUGCCCGCAGGACGCGCUCCACCAAUUAGCAAGUGAAGAUGCCCAGGGCCUCUCUUUAGAUCUGAUUUUAGCACUUCAAAGCUGCAAAGCCUCUCGCCUCCUCCCAGCCAGUGGACCCGGCAAGAACCUCUACCACGAUCUUUCAAGAUUCAGCACCGCCAUUAAAUCCGACGACUUCCACCUCGACCAGAUCAAGCCACUCUUAGAAGGGGCCUUGGCCGACACCGUACCUGACGACAUUCUCAUCUGGCAGCUGGUCUACCGUGCCGUGCUCGAAUCGACGCCCCCGCCUCGACCGACUGCUUCCUCCUUCUCACAGACUCCAUGGAGGUCCAAUACCAGCGCCUUUGCCAACUCCUCUGAAUAUCGCCAAGAUGUGGGUCGCGUGCUCAAGGCAGAACUUGGCGUUCUCUAUGUGAGCCUUGCGGGUUUCAGUGAACGAUUCUUUGGGAGCAUUGCCGGUCUCGAGGCUGCUGCGGGCGCCGUACUGGCCCAAUGUAGGGAGGGUGAUGAACAGCUUCUGGAGGAGGGCCGAUGGGUAGGGUGGUCGAACGACACAAAUCAAGCCGGUGUUAUGAUCUGGCUGGCCAAUAUCAUCACCAAGCUCGCAGCUUUGGCCGAAAGCAACCCAGCAACCCCGUCCGUUCGACGGCGACUCCUUGCCCAGCCCAACACCCCAAUCGAAGUUGAAGUGCCACGGGCUCCCCGGUGCCAUUUGCGGGAGAUUUUAAUAUCCGGUGAGCUCAAAAGCAAUCCGGCGGCCGACAUUCACUCGAAGGCCUGGCUGGACUUGGGGAGAUAUGCGCGAGAGUAUGACCGCUUGGGGGGCAUCGCAUCCGACAAGUUCGACAUACAUAAAGACGCACUUCGGUUUGUCUCAACAAUUCUUGGCUUUCUUUGGAUGAGCGAUGGGGACUUGGGCUUUGAUCUAACCAUCUCUAAAGAUAAAGGCUGGCAUUUAAUCAACAUCCAACGUCGAAAUCAGACAGAGUGCCUUAUCAUAGACAGAGUGAUCCGGCGCGCCGCGUGUGUAGCCGGUCGAGCAACCACUUGCUGGAAGGCCCAUCUGGAAGCCUCUCCCGAUCAACCUCUGGUUGUGAAAGACUCUUGGCGAUACACGGAGCGGGCGAAUGAGGGUAAGCUAUUGCAAAAGACGACUGAGUUGGGGGUGGUCAACGUUGCUCGGUACCACCAUCACGAGACGGUGCAGGUGUUAGGCACCGAUGAUGAUAUCCGACACAAUGUCCGGAAAGGAUCAGACAUUACCACGGCGGAGAAUCAUCCGUCUGGUCGUUCCUCGGACACACCGAGUCCCCGGACAAUGAUCUGCCCCCAGAAAGGCCGCAGUAGCACCAGCAUCGUGGGCCGAAAACGAUCCUCCAGUCCUGCCCGUGUCGCGCUAUCGCCUCGCAAGCGACAUCAAUCCGGAUCGGCAUCGCUAAGUCUUGUCCGGAACGCCCAGCCCAACCGGAUUCACCGCCGAGUGGUGAUCAGGGAUUACGGCGAGCCGAUCUACAAGGCAAGUUCCCCUCCGGUCCUUCUUCGGGCCUUCGACGACGCCCAGUGGCAGGGAUUCCUCAUUGACCUCGACUUGAGCGUGAAGGAGUCACGGGCCAAGGCUUCUGGUGCCCAAGUUCACUACCAUGGCCCGGGCCAUGGGAAUGUCGUGGAAAAAUUUGACGAAUGGAACUUUCUUAGAAUGGAAACUCUGGCGACAGGUUGA